GGCGAGCCCGUGGCCCAGUGGAGCCCGCUUGGGAGCGGCUCGGGGUCCCGCGCGCCGAGGGCUCCGGGCGCCAGCUGAUGCCGCCCGAGCCCGGCGCUCGGCGCGGAGGCUCUGCCUUAGGUGCCCGAGGAGAGCAGGAGCAGGUCCUGGCAGAGGGCAGGAUGAUUGAGGAAAGUGGGAACAAGCGCAAGACCAUGGCGGAGAAGAGGCAGCUGUUCCUAGAAAUGCGUGCUCAGAAUUUUGAUAUCAUACGUCUAUCAACUUACAGAACAGCUUGCAAAUUACGAUUUGUACAAAAACGUUGCAACCUUCAUCUCGUUGAUAUCUGGAACAUGAUUGAAGCUUUCCGAGAUAAUGGCCUUAACACACUGGACCAUACUACCGAGAUAAGUGUGUCCCGCCUUGAAACUGUCAUCUCAUCCAUCUACUACCAGCUGAAUAAGCGCCUUCCUUCUACUCACCAAAUCAGUGUGGAACAGUCUAUCAGUCUCCUCCUCAACUUUAUGAUUGCUGCAUAUGACAGGCCAGUACCAGGCUUUGAGGGCCGAGGCAAGUUGACGGUAUUUUCAGUUAAGGCUAUGUUAGCAACCAUGUGUGGUGGAAAAAUGCUGGACAAAUUAAGAUAUGUUUUCUCCCAGAUGUCAGAUUCCAAUGGCUUACUGAUAUUUAGCAAGUUUGACCAGUUUCUGAAGGAAGUUCUGAAGCUCCCCACAGCUGUCUUUGAAGGGCCAUCUUUUGGUUACACAGAGCAUUCAGUCCGCACCUGUUUUCCACAGCAGAAAAAGAUAAUGCUGAAUAUGUUCUUGGACACAAUGAUGGCUGACCCUCCCCCCCAGUGCCUUGUCUGGCUGCCUCUCAUGCACAGGCUCGCCCAUGUCGAGAAUGUCUUCCACCCCGUGGAGUGCUCCUACUGCCGCUGUGAGAGCAUGAUGGGCUUCCGGUACCGAUGCCAGCAGUGCCACAACUACCAGCUCUGCCAGAACUGCUUUUGGCGCGGCCAUGCCAGUGGCCCUCACAGCAACCAGCACCAGAUGAAGGAACAUUCCUCUUGGAAAUCCCCUGCAAAGAAGCUGAGCCAUGCAAUUAGUAAAUCUUUGGGGUGUGUGCCCUCCAGAGAACCUGCGCAUCCUGUUUUUCCUGAACAACCAGAGAAACCACUUGACCUUGCACAUAUAGUUCCUCCUCGCCCUCUGACUAAUAUGAAUGACACCGUGGUUAGCCACAUGUCUUCUGGAGUACCCACUCCCACCAAGAGGUUACUGUGUAGCCGGGACAUGCCCAGUCCUUUGGCCGACGAGCACGCACUGAUAGCCUCCUAUGUGGCCCGUCUGCAGCACUGUGCACGUGUCCUGGACAGUCCUACCAGACUGGAUGAGGAACACCGGCUUAUAGCCCGCUAUGCUGCCCGAUUAGCUGCAGAAGCAGGAAACAUGACUCGUUCUCCCACUGAUGUGAGCUUUAAUUUUGAUGCCAACAAACAGCAGAGACAGCUCAUUGCAGAACUGGAAAACAAGAACAGAGAGAUUCUGCAGGAGAUCCAGCGCCUCCGCCUGGAGCAUGAGCAGGCCUCCCAGCCCACUCCCGAGAAGGCCCAGCAGAACCCCACGUUGCUGGCAGAGCUUCGGUUGCUGAGGCAGAGGAAAGAUGAGCUGGAACAAAGGAUGUCUGCCCUGCAGGAGAGCAGGCGGGAGCUGAUGGUCCAGCUGGAGGGGCUGAUGAAGCUGCUGAAGGAAGAAGAACAAAAGCAGGCAGCUCAGGCCACAGCCUCACCACAUACGUCACCCACUCACGGAGGUGGCCGCCCUAUGCCCAUGCCUGUCCGCUCCACGUCUGCCGGCUCCACCCCCACGCACUGCCCACCGGACUCUCUGAGUGGAGUUGGGGGCGACGUGCAGGAAGCGUUUGCACAAGGUACGAGGAGAAACCUGCACAGUGACCUGCUGGUGGCCGCUGACUCCAUCACCAACACCAUGUCAUCCCUGGUGAAGGAGCUCCAUUCAGGCUGAUUUCAUCUGAACUUCGUGACCUGCUGCGUCCUCACUCCUUGAAUCUAGCUUCUCUGUCUCCAUCUCUCAGCCACUGCAGUGCCUUCCCAGAGACCUCUGCCUUGUAGCAUUUUCUCUCACAUAAAACGCAGGGAAGAGAGAAGGAAAAAACAGCCUUCCACGUGUCGUCGUACCUCCUAGUGUCCCCAUGACUCCAUCAGUGGUGGAACCACCUGACCUCAGGUGCUUCCCAGGGGUGGGAUCGACGUGUUACACAAGUGAGCUCCCUUCCCUCUCAGUGGACCCCUCAGGCCGAGGGUCCCCUCUGCCCUGUUUUACCUGACAUGGUGUCUGUAAGUGCCUGGCAGUAGUUUCACGGGGUUAUUAAAAACGCAGAGCAGUUGCUCAUGGACUGUUCAGGACUGUUUUAGAGAAGAAUACUCCACAGCUGAUGAGAAGACUCCUCCCUGAUCGGUCUCCCUCGGAGGUUGGAAAUCCCGCUCUUCAGGGAAUUUCCCGGGGAUUUUAGGCAUGGAGAUGAACUACACUUGUGCCUCAAGGCCACUUGUUACCAUUUAUGCAAAAUCAAUGGCUUUUGAGUGCCUUAAAUGAGGGUGAAAGUAUGAUGUAACUGCUAGUACCUGUAAAUCAGUACACAGAAAGCAUGUGGAAAUUAAAGGGGUUCAAAAAAUCAAGCCUUUACGUGGCUGUUGAACAAUCCCUCACAUUAGAAAGGGUUGUUUUAAGGAAAUUGUGCAGGGUCAUUUGUCAGGUACGUUAGACAUCUGCUGUUUGGCCCUCUUGUGAUAGAAUUGUGGUUUAGCCAGGGACAUGGCUCAGCGGCAAAAGCACCUGCCUGGAAAGCUCAGGGUCCCGAGUUUCAAUUUCUGGUACCAAAAAAGAACGAAAGAAAGAAAUGUGAUUUAUCAGAAAAGUGGUCUGCCUCGGAUCAUGCCACUUUCGGUGACACAGACUCAGAAUUUAGGUCUUAGAACAUGAGCCCUUGCCCCCCCC